AUGAUGAGAUUCUGGGUUAAGGCUACUUUUUUGCUCUGCCUCUAUGGCUUCUUCAAGGAAAUGAAACCUUCAGAACCUUUCCUCACUCCAUAUUUGAAAGCACCUCCCAUGAACUUGACGGAAGAGCAACUGGACAAUCAAAUCUACCCCGUGUGGACCUACUCGUAUCUUGUAGUCCUGUUCAUGGUGUUUUUAGUCACUGAUCUGUUGAGAUACAAGCCAGUAAUAAUAAGCGAGGGCUUGGCUUAUUUGAUGACCAGAAUACUUUUGAUCUGGGCUAGGGGUGUACUGGCAAUGCAGUUUAUGCAGUUCGCAUAUGGCGUUGCGACUGGCACUGAAGUGGCAUAUUAUUCCUACAUUUAUGCAGUUGUUGACAGAAGUCAUUACCAAGUAGUGACCAGCUACACGCGGGCUGCAGUACUUUUUGGAAGAAUGUUGUCUGGUGUGGUCGGUCAACUUCUUAUAUCAUUGAAAGUAGCAGACUAUCUGGCUCUCAACUACAUUUCUUUGGUGAGUGUCUCAAUUGCCUGUUUGAUCAGUUUAUUUCUACCAAAGGCAACUGGCAACGUGCUUCUGAUGAACACAGAAAGCGACUCCUCCUCCGAAGAAACAAAGACAACAUGCUUAUCUUCAUGGGGAAAAACUAUGCGCACUAUGUUCCGUGACUUUGUGUUGUGCUAUUCCAACAAAGCGCUACUCAGAUGGUCGCUGUGGUGGGCCUUUGCAACCUGUGGAGAAUUUCAAGUUGAAAAUUAUGUACAGAACUUAUGGGAUGUUAUCUACCCUUCCCAUAACCACAAGAUUUACAAUGGUGGUGUCACUGCAGUCUCUCACCUAACGGGUUCUUUGGUGGCAGUUGGCCUGGCGUACGUGAAGAUAAACUGGUCUUUGUUUGGUGAAUUAUGCCUUGGCAUUGUUUCAGUGGCAGAUGCAUUCUUUCUUUUCCUGAGUGCACAGACAACCAGUAUCUGGAUGGCAUAUCUUAUGUAUGUGCUAUUCCGGACAGCAUAUACCUUUCUCAUAACAGUAGCAAGGUAAGAUAAAGUGUGUGCAUAGUUAUCAGAAGAAAGAAGAAAAUUGACCACCUUAAACCAUUCUCACCUCAACUGGCUGUAACUACCAGUGUGGAACCAUGACCCUUGCACCUCAUGUGAUAUAUUUAUCAGUUUAAUGGUCAUGUAUUUGAUAACUUGUGAGAUCUCUCAAACUAUACAUUUCUUUACAAAUGUGUGUGGUCAGAGAAAAAUGCAAUAAAGAAAUGGAAAUCACACCAAGCGCUUUGACCAGGAUAGUUUCAGGAUCAUGUAUACGUGUUUUACGUGCAUACAUAACAGAAACAUUGGUUUUAGUUUGCAGAUUGCGAGACAUGUUGAGAUGACAAGAUUUGCUCUGGUUUUUGGAAUAAAUAUGUUUGCUUCUUUGCUUCUUCAAACAAUUCUAACAAGCAUUGUUGUAGACAAACGUGGACUAAAUCUUCCAGUUUUAACACAGGUAAUGUUAAUUAUUUAUAAUUUUGUGUAGCUUUAUCAUUUCUGUUAUAAACUUGUCAUACAUUUCCUCUUGCAAGUUAGCUUAUGUAUAUUUCUCCUAUUUCCCUCUUUCAUAACACUUUAAGUCAUGUGUAGACUUUGCUUAUCAUGACAAGAUAUGCCCAGUGAACUACUUACGGUGUACCCUAGAUAACAAUCAUUUAAUGUUAUCAACUCAUUUGGUGAGGCCCUUCCCAUGUUGUUGUGAUAAUAACAAUAAUAAUAAUAGUAAAUAACAGUAUAUCUACCAAGUGGCUCUUUUUUGAAACGUUUUUUACCCUCGGCAGUAUAUAUAGCACUAAUGCUAGUGGGGCCGAGCAAAUUCAUGGAACAAAUAAAUUAAAUCAAACAUAAACGGGUUAAGAAUCCCAACUGGCUGGAGGCGAACCAGAUUGCUAUUUACAAGCAUGGUCGAGGAUUUGAACUCGGGACUAAUGAAAACAAAUCCAGCUAGCAGUCAAGGCGGGACUUGAACUUGGGGCCCCCAAAUCACAUGCACUCAGCCACGCUGCUUCCUUCACCUGCCUUCAUCUGUUAAAAACUCGUGAUGAGUUGGAGGAAAGUUUGUCAUAAGCUGAAGUCUCCAGGUGGAAAACAUAGUAUAAGAUUCUUUUUCCCACAGUAUUAAUUUUACUGUCACCCAUUCCUCAACCAUCUGGCUGCUGAUUUCAGUGGCUCAUAGAUUUUGAACUUACUCCUGUUGCCACAAAAAAACAUUUUCUUUUGCUUGAUUAUGUGCCUUGCCCUUAAAAACAAGAAAUAAUAUCAAGGGCAUGAUCAUCAUUACCUGCUUGAGUACAGAGUGUACAGAAAACAUAAAACUUAAGCAACAGAACAACUAUCAGUGAGUAAUUUUUUAGAUUUUUUUCAAAAGCAAAUAAGGAAAAAGAGCUGGUGAGUGAAAUUGGCAACAAAUUUCAGAUUUUUGGUCCACCAUAAAGGACACUGAACUGCUUAACCCACUGACUGCUGUGCUGGCUAAAAGUGGCCGUAGAAGACAACACUGCUUUUAAACAUUGUAGCUUUCUUAAUCGCACAAACAUUGUGUUAACUGUCAGUAGUGAGCAUCAAGUAGAAAGUCCUUCAAAUUGGCAUAUAUCCAAUAAAUGCAAAAAAGUCAGCACUUUUUGCAAAAUAUUAUCUUUUGAAUUUAGACAAUAACAAGAAUGACCGUUUUUAACGUCAUGGAAAAACAAAAAAAGUCACAUUUUUUGCUUUCAGGUUUUUUACAGACAUCAUCGUUGCAAAACUAAAAGUCAACAUCCACAGUAACAUUCAGUCCUUGCUCUAGCUUAGAAGUGACUUUUUUUGUUGUUAUUCGUUUCCCGUCCCGAGCUAAAGCUUUUUGUUCUAGUGCAUCUUGGCCUUGCCUCGAUUUUCAACAUCAUGACUGCAUUCUUGCAUGCCAGGAAAUAGCCAGAAUUUUUGACCGCAUUCAUUCCUUCCUCCACUUUCUUCAUAUUUAUACUAAGUCCACAGCCACUCCAACCUACCACUGAAAUUUUGUGCUUGUUGUGAUUUUCAGUGGUUGUAAAUUCCGAAAUAUGCCAUGGUAGGUCAAGAAAUUCAUCAGUAGUUGUGUCCCAAAGUUACUUCUUUUCAGAGCAGCAAAUUUUCUAAACUUUGCAAAAAUCGCAUUAUUAUAGCCGAACAAAGUAUAAUGUCUACAUCAGAAUGACGUUUCCAGAAAACUCAAGCCUCCAGUGUUUCAGAACAGCAGUACUUUCCAUGGUAAGCCCAAAUACGGAGUCAGAAAAUCCUAUGAACUAUUUGAAUGUAGAAAAUCACUCAAAAAAGUAAAAAGUCCCGGACGUCAAUGGAUUAAUGUUUAUUUUACAAAAAUGAGGUCUGUACUGAGAGGCCAGUCAAGUUUCAUAAUGGUGGAUGUGAUUACUGCUUAAAAAGAGUUUACAAAAGCGACUAGACAGAAGAUUAUGGUGAUACAAAUACAUGAAAGCAGCAACAGAAAAAUAAUUACUGUUUUAUAUGUCAAGGACUUUAAGUUGGCACUAUGUACUUUUACAAAAGAUAAAUAGAGCAGUAAGUGGAGGACCAGGCAACAUUACAGCAUCUUAGGUAGUGAUAUACCAGGAAAUAAUAAUAAGGUCGGCAACGUUUUGGAUGAAAGGUAAAAGCGGGCUUUUGCAGUAAUCCCACAGUUUUUGAUGUUUUUUAGGAACAAAGCUAAUAUUAGGUUUCAGGAAAGGUGCUGAUCAACAAUAACAGCUAAGAAUUUAGUUUCUAUAACGUUCUUGAUCGCAGUAUUUUCCAUAACAAGAGGAACAUUAACAUUAAUUUUCUUUUGCAUUGGAUGAAAAAUCAUUAGGUUCGUUUUAGUCAAAUUUAGAGAUAACUUAUUUGCUUGAAGGUGGCUUGAUACAGUUUUUCAGGGUCAAUACCUCUCACGUUUGAGCGUAGACUAUGUCGCCAUAAACAAAGAUUUGGAAAAAUUGACUCCACAGUUGUAUUAAAUAAAGAUGAAAAUUUGUUAUGAUCAGGGUUGCAAUGACAUCGGAGUUGUCAUAGCAACGAAAUGACGCCAUUACCUAUUUUACUUGCAGCAUGAUUUCUCGGCACUGGGAACUGUUCUUCCAAAAUCGUUUACUGGAGCUUUUUCCUACAAUAGCCGCCUCAAUGUUCAUGAAGUUAAAGCAAAAUCUGCAAGAGCGUUAUUGAGAUAUUUUGGGAAGAAGUCUUUAUGGUUAGAAAUACCGUAAAAAAUGGACAAUCUUGAUGUUCGACUGUUAUCUGUACUAAACGAAGCGCUUUUGACAUGCAAUUUCACCUCACAGUAGUUUCAAUCUUUUUAAAAAUAUGUGUGAAAGAUCAUGGAGAUACCUCCAGCUGAUUGCUAGAAAGAAGGAUUUGAUUAGUAUGUAUCGGGGCACUCUUGUUUGCGGUAAUGUAAACAUUUCGGUCUACUUUAACAAAUCAGCGAAUAAUUUUUAAACCGCAUUUUUAAAAAAAUUAAGAGUCUUGAGAUAAACCGUCCUUUUAGAUGACCUCUUAGUUUCAAGAUUAUUGAUAUAUUGUAAGGUAGUAAAAUAAGGGCUACAAUUCGCUAAUAUUCUGUCAGAAAUUUUGUGUUUACAAGUGAGAUACUGUUAUUAUUCAGGGGUAUUGUCUCAAAGUUUCAUUUUCACGUGAACAGCAGUAACUAACAAUGUAUUUGACAUAUGCAAAAAUGCUAGCUAUUGUUGUGCACGAAAAUAUGAAAAUUGUCCAUUUUUUACGGUAUUUCUAACCAUAAAAACUUCUUCCCAAGAUAUCUCGAUAACGCUCUUACAGAUUUCGCUUAAACUUCUCAAACAUCGAGACGGCUAUUGUAGGAAAAAGCUCCAGUAAACGAUUUUGGAAGAACAGUUCCCAGUGCCGAGAAAUCAUGCUGCAAGUAAAAUAGGUAAUGGCAUCAUUUCGUUGCUAUGACAACUCCUAUGUCAUUGCAACCAUGAUCAUAGCAAAUUUUCAUCUUUAUCUAAUACAACUGUGGUGUCAAUUUUUCCAAAUCUUUGCUUAUGGCGACGUAGUUUACGCUCAAACUUGGGAGGUAUUGACCUUGAAAAACUAUAUCGAGCCACCUUAAGCCAAGUAACCAUUUUUGCACCUUGAGUUCAUUGUUAGCAAAUAGAAAUAAGGUGGUCGGUAUCCCUAUGAGAACAAAAAAUAUUUGUAUCAUCAGCAAACAGUAAAGAUUGAGUCAGGCUAGAGACAUUAGGAAGAUUGUUCUUGUAAAUAAUGAAUGGUCCAAGGAUUGAGCCCUGCGGGAUGCCACAGGAAAUUUUUCUGUAGUAAGACCAACUGAACCUAAACAGGUCAAAUUGAGUCCGAUCCUCAAAAUAACUUUUAAUCCACGACAAAGCAGUGUCCCAAAUAACAAUAGUGUUUCAGUUUUUGGCACAAUAUUUUAUGAUUAACGGUAUCACACGCGUUAGAUAGAUGUAAGAAGAUGCCUAACGUUGAUUAAUUUCCUUUAAAGUUAAAAAUAAGAAUAUUUUUCGAAUGAGGCCUUAAACUGCCGAUUAAAAAAUAAAAUUGGAAUCCAAGCUUUAACCAAUCAACGGCAAUAUCUGGCAUCAUCAUCAUCCCUGAUGAAGCAGUUGAUCAGCAAAAGCCUGGAUUCCAAUUUUAUUUCUUAAUCAGCAGUUUAAGGCCUCAUUCGAACAAUAUUCUUAUUUUUAAUCAUGCUGCUGAAGGACAACAUCAACAGAACUUAACUUAUUAUACUAUAACUCAAGUGGCUCUAAUUGAGGGAUGAACAAUACAGGAAGCUAGUCGGAGUCAGUUAUGAAUAGCUACAAUGUAAAUUAUUCCGGUGGAAAGUUCUGUUAAUGUCCUUUUUCACAAAGUGGCACUGACAAAAGAAGUAAAGGAAAAUAAAGUAAUCCUGCUUCACCAAUUGGCCUCUUUUUUCACUUCCUUUUCAAAACAAAAUUUGCAAAUGUAGAGGCGCUUAUAAAAACACAGAACGAACUAGCCACACUGGUCAUUUGCCAUCAAGAUUUUUUUUUGUUAAAAACCCUUCAAGGCUAUACAUAUGAUGAAGAAAAAAACUGAUAUGGCUGGGAGGUUCUCUCUAUGAACGGACUGGUCUGGCUAGUAAUUUUUUCACAAAAAUUACGUUAAACACCUGAGAACUGUAAAGAACUGUACACCUGCGAAUAUAGAGACUAGAGAGGAGAAGUGUGACAUCACGUUACCAUGGUAGCACUAUUUCUGGAUGACAACAAAACCAACGACGAUGGCGAAGGCAAGGAGAACAGCAAAACAUAAUAUGUCUAUAAUAACAAACAACAACUUUGCACGUGCAUCACGCUAUUUUGUACGUUUCUUUGCCGUUGUUGCACCACUACAACAUGGAACUUCCUAAUUUCACGAGCCCGCUUUAUGGAGUAGGUGAACACAACGUUAAAAUUGUUGCUUUCUUUUUCUAAACUUAGAUAACAAUAGAUACGGUCCGAAAGAAAAUUUCGCCAAGGUUUGCCAAAUUAAAUGAAUUUGAAUAAGGUCGGUGAAGUUUGAAAUAGUGCGAAUGGACUUUAAGUGACUUUUCGGCUUGUUGUCAUCCAGAAAUUUUGCUACCAUGGCAACGUGACGUAACAACUUCUCUUUUUUGCUCCCUACCACUACUGGCGAGGCCAGGCUGCCAUAUUCGCAGGUUACUGUGAGAAGCAAUGUAGGUUUCCAAUUGUCAUUUUCUUUGUUUCCCAGUUUGUCAUUUACGGAAGUUACUUUUUCAUCAUCGGAGCUGUUUUUUUGGCAAGAGCUGUGUUCCAUAUGACAAGAGUUGGGUGGCGUCAGUGCUGGGAACAGCGUUAUAAUCAAGAAGAUCAGCAGCCUCUGACAGUCAUUACAAACACGGAAUAUAGAGAUGGAGAAGAAAACCAACUGAUUUAAGCCACAAAUCAACCCACCAAAAAAAAGACAAUAUGAUUCUAUUUUCCUCCUCCUUCUUUCCCAUGUGGUGAAUCCGACACUGCACUUCUUGAUUCCAGCUACACAGGCCAUCCUGGGAUUUUGAGAAUAAAUCCCCAUUAUUGAAAGGGUGUCCAUUCGUAAUUUUUAACCCUUUUUUUCUAUGAAUGAUCAAGUUCUAGGAUAGCCUAGCAUUCCUUUUAGCUGUUACAGUAGGUAAACUUUGAGUUGUGUGGUCGGUCCCCACUUUAAUCAGGAUGGAAAUGCUACUUUGAUGCCGGUGUUGUGGUUAAUUUCAUCCCUUUUUUAUUCUUUUACUUAAUUUAUUCUAGCAUUUUGUAGAAACGUCAUCUGUGUAAGAAACAGAAGACCCUAAACAAAUAUGUGAAUGAUAUGUGUCAUAAAAAGUUGUCACGUGAUACGUCCCUGUAUGUAAUGAACCUAAUGUUAGUCAGUACCACUGAAAAACCUAAUUUUGCGCUGAUGAGAUAUUCGGCAGGUUUUGACUUAGGUCACUAAUAUAAGGACAUUUAACUUUGUCAUUUUUAGACUACGACAA